AUGCGGCAGGUGGCGGAGUUCUCGGCGGCGCUGCCGUACCGCGAGCGCCUGCGCGACGAGGUGACGCUGGCGCGGCGCGCGCUGGGGGCGGUGCCGCGGAGGAGCUCGGCGCGCUGGGCGCCCGCGCUGCCCGUGGACGUGUCGCUGGCGGAGGACUCCACGCUGCUGACGGUGCAGCUCCCCGUCACGCUGUGGCGCGCGGACGUCGCCGACGACGACGGCCAGGGCGACGAAGACUACGACGGCGACAGCGACUACAUCUGACGGCCGCAGCUGUCGUUCACCGCUCUGGCGCUGGUGGCGCUGUGAGCGGUGACUGUCAGACUCCUCGUGUGGUGCGGCCUUGCGGUUACUCUGCUCGUCUUUCCCUCGUCAACCGUAUGGCAAAAGGCAAAAAUCAGUAGGCGAAAGGUGUGGCAUUCGAUUUUAAAUGCAAUAUUAGGAGCUGACAUUGUGUCAAGCUAGUUGCGAAGGAAGUGUGGUCACUCCCACUCCCUUAUGUGGAAUACAAUUGUACCACUUUGAUUUCGACUCCCGCCUACGAGUAAUAUAGUUUUUAUUAAAUUAUAUUAAUUGUCUACAUAUUUCUUCUUAUGAUUUAGAAAAUAGUAUCCUGAACUAACCUGUAAUCAGGUAAAUUGUAGACACGUUCCUCACUCUACUAACGCCUCCCACAAUACAUACGAGGACACUGUGGAGGGAGAUCAUUUCAUGCGAUUUUCGCAUUACCUUGAGGGUCAUGAUAGCCUUCACACUAUUUUAAGUUUACAUAAUCUACUUUAAAAUGUUUAUCGUCUUUUGAUCGCAACAUAACCUAGGCGAGUACUCCCGAUACGAAGAUUCAUUAAAGAUUCAUUAAAAAUUUUCUCAAGUAUUUUUUUUUUACUUUAAGAGGGGUUGCGGUCAAAUGAAAUUGCACAUCUCUCCCAAAUGCUACCCAAAUCCGCCCCUCUAGCCAAAAAUACUAUUCGGUUAACGAAAAUAUUCGUAGUCUAUUCAUAAAAUGACAUUCACCAUUCGAUUUGUCCGUAAAGUGAUCAUAAAUUUGUCAAGAAAUUUUGAUUAAUUUCGUUUACAAACCAUUAAACCAAACAUUUAAUAUGUAUUAUAAUUAACUACUACAUUGAUUUGUAUGUAAUAAUAGCACUGCAUAUACAGCUUUACAUUUUCAGCUGUCAUGUUUGCUUAACAUCAAAG